AUGGGAAACGCCAAAAUAAUGCUAAUCAGUCUUCGUCACCAAACAGGAAAUUUAUGGUGCAGUGUGAACCAUCCAGAAGAUAAAGAUGAUGCUCAUAGUCAUUCACAAGAUGGCGUAGUGUAUUCGGAUGAAGUUUCCUUGGUCCAAUUUGAAUUUUUAAAUGAAAAUCAUAUAACAGCUCACGAUUUAGAAACUGAUCCUGCAUUGGGACUACACGAAGAACAACCUGAUUCAUGGACACCUACUGUUACCAAAGAAAUUUUGAAAAAAUUGAAAGAUAAAGAAAUAAAACGCCAAGAACAUAUUUAUGAAUUUGUGUUAACUGAAAAACAUCAUUGCCUUACUUUGAGAGUCAUGCAGAAAGUAUUUGUUGAUGGUUUACAAAAACAUUUUCAACUCGGCGAUAAAGUUUAUCGUAUGUUCCCUAGAUUAGCUGAACUUACUGAAAUUCACAUUGGAUUUUUGAAAAGUCUGAAAGAAAAACAAUGUUCAGCCGCUAUCAAUAAUAAUGGUAUUGUAGAUUCUAUCGCCGAUUUACUAUUAGAUCAAUUUUCAAACAUAAAUGCUCAACGUUUAAAGAGCUCUUAUGGAGAAUUCUGCUCAAGACAUAGGGAUGCAUUGGAUGUUUAUAAAGUUUUAGAAAAAGAUCCAGCAUUUUUUAAUUUUAUUAAGCACUGUCAGGCCAAUCCUUUGUUGAAAAAAAAAGGUAUUCCCGAGUGUGUAUUGUUUGUCACUCAAAGACUAACUAAGUAUCCAUUACUCAUUGAACCUCUUAUAAAAACUUCAAAAGAAAACAAAAUCGAAUGUGAAAAACUUACUAGGGCAUUAAAAAUGGUUAAAGAUAUAUUGGUGGAAGUAGACUCUCAGGUAGCUGAAAAAGAAAAAGAAGAUAGAAAACUUGAAAUUUAUAAUCGGAUGGAAGCCAAGUCUUAUACUAAUUUUAGAGGACGUAAAUUUAAAAAAUCUGAUUUACUGUCUGAAAACAGAAGACUGAGAUUUGAAGGGACAGCUUGGCUUAUGCAACGUCAUGCAAAAACCCAAAUGGUGAUGGUUAAUGUUAUUGUUAUGACCGAUGUGUUGUUUUUUAUACUUGAAAAUAAUCACAAGUAUACCUUUUUUAUGCCUGAAAGCAAUAAAGAAAAAGAAAAUAAAGUUUUAAAACCAGUUGCUGGUGUAGUAUCGUUGCAAAAACUCUUAGUCAGAGAAAAAGCUGGAACUGAUACUAAAGGUAUUUAUUUAAUAUCUUCUAAUCCAGCAGAACCAGAAAUGUUUGAACUCAAAGUGCAUAAACCUAAAGACAAACAAGUAUGGAUACAAUCUAUUCGUUCAGCUGUGAAUGAAUGUCCUGAAGAAGAAGAUAAUGGAUAUGUAACCUUCAGUUUUGAAGAAAGACAAAGGCAAUUAGAAACUAAGAAAAAUAAUAUAAGAGAAAUUGUUGGAGUUUUGAGGCAAAAAGAUGUGGAACAAGCUCUGAUUUUAGAAGAAAAAAUGGGCUUACAGCUAAAGCUAUUAGCAUCUGCUGGAGUAGAAAGCUUACCAAUUGAAACUCCAUCAUAUUGUCAUUUGGUUACAGAGCAUCAAGAUUCGGAAAAGAUACGAAAAGAAGUUAUGAAUGCUAUACAGAAAGUCAAUGAACUUGCUUGUUCAUUGUAUGCUUCUGGCACAAAUUUAUCUCGUAGUGCAAGUUCUGUAGGGGAACAUCAAAGUGUUACAUAUGUUUCACCAACAUUACCUAAAAGAGCUGAAACAUUUGGUGGAUUUGAUAAUUCAUUAUCAUCACCAAAAAAUGCUCUAAGAAAAUUACCAAAAGUUGUUGAUGGUAAUGAAAAUAGUGUGGAAUCUGGCAAUUCUAGUCCAAUGGGUACUCCAAGUUCCACUCGUAAAGAUUCCAAAUUGAGAGAUGGAAAUCUUACUUGGAAAGAAAAUUGUAGUACAAGCUCAUCUCAAAGUGCUACUACAAUACAAUCAUCCAGCGAGUUCCCAACGUUAUUAGCACUAGGAAAAGAACAACAAGCUACAGCAAUGGAAUUAACACAUCAUAUUUAUACUUUAUCUUCCAUUAUUUCACAACAAAUGACUAAUAUUGAUAGUCUUCAAGCUGAGUUAGCUGCUUACAAGUCACAGAAUAUUCUAGAAGACCCGGCUGUAAACAGUUCUAAUAUGAGUUCCAGUUCCUUGUUAAAAGAUAAAAGACCAGCUUAUAGGCAUAAUCAUCAAUUGGAGGAACUACGCAAUCUACAAGACAAGUUUACACAUGAGAAAGAGUCUUGGAUAAGAGAACGUGAUUCUGAAAUUAAGGAUUGGGAAGAAAAAAGAGAACAGUUGCUCAGAUUACAGGAACAAGUACGAUUAGAACAAACUGAUGUAACUCAGCAACGAGAGCAGCUUUACCUUAAAUUGCAAAUGUUAACCAAUCAAGGUAUUAUAGUGUCACCUAAUAUGCAGCCGCCACCUGUGUCACCAAAUCAACAAACACAAAAUCAAUCUCCCUCCGAAGGAGUAGCUCAACCUUUGUCUCAUUCAGAAUCCGUGCGUAGUAAAAGAACCGAUUCUAUGAAAUGGAAACAGCAUACUCCACCUUCAGCUGCUUCCACGUCUACAUUACCUAUUAAUCUGAUUAGUGCUACAAACCAACAAAAGGUAGCUUCCAAAGUUCAAAUAAAACAAAAAUUACCAUUUAAAUUAGCUAAUAAAUUGGGUAACAAUAAUGCAAGUUCUACAUCUGACACCAUACCCAAUACUAUAACUUCACCUACUUCCCAAUCAGCAUAUGCUUUUCAACAGCUUUUACCAUUAAAGUUGCGUGAGAGUGCCAAAAACCCAAUGAACCCUGUUCAAGGCAGUUCUGUUGAAUUACUGUCACCAUCAAAUCAACAAGGUCCUAGUCAUUCACGAACAGGAUCUAGUCCGGCAAUGAUGCAAAGUGCUCAGAUAAUAGAAGGAAAACAAUCGGGCAACAAAGCUGGCAGAACAAAUACCUAUCCGAAAUUGCCAGAAAAAUUUCGCAUUCGUAGCCCAGAGUCAAAACAAUCCAAAACACAGAAUACCGAAAACAGUGGCAGCAUCAAUAACACCAAUGCUACCUCCACCGCCGAAGAAGAAGUGAUAUUCUUCUGA